AUGCAGGACUAUGCGAAGCUCCUUCCGCCUGAAGCGAAGGUGGGCUUCACCAGGUAUCCUCUGGAGUUCGGCUACUUCCCCUGCAAGAACGACAUCGCUACCGCCGCACGGCUGGCCGCGGACGGCACUCCGCCCCACGGUGCGGCCUCGGCGGAAAAUGCAGUUUAUCAUGCCAAUUGUGUGCAAUUGCGGCUGCUCGGUGCCAGCGUGGCGCCCGCUCGAGAGCGCCACUGGCGCGGAGGGCCUCAGCUAAUGGGCCCGGCCGUGGUCCUUUGGCCCGACUUUGCCCCUUCCCUCGCGGAGCUGCGGAAGAAGCUGCCAGCUCCGGACCGCCGCAUCUGUAUGGAUGUCAGGGAAUUGUACACCUUCAUUCGUGAGCACGCAUGGAAUUUGACGUGUAUGGAUCCGGAUCCCGAGUACAUUUCGGAGAGCUGGAGCCGUUUUUUCCCCAAGCAGCUGCAGAGCGAGAGGAUUGUGAUAUUGAGAUCACUGUGCCAAUGA